UCCUGCCAUUGGACCAGUGUGGAAGGUCAGGGUGUAGGUGAGAGGUGACAGGUCAGAGGUCGAUGGGUAUAGAGGGCAUGUAUGAGAAGCUGGCCAUGAUCAAUCUGCAGAGCGGGUCUAACUGGAGUGGACCCACCAGCUGGUACCACCAGGACAGCACUGUGCCAACACAGCACACUAAUGAGGGCUGUAAUCUGGAGGGAGAGGCUCUGGGAGGUGGCCCUGGGUCCGAGGACCCCGAGGAGUCCCAGCUGCGCCUGCAGCUGAAACGCAAACUGCAGAGGAACCGGACCAGUUUCACCCAGGAGCAGAUAGAGGCUCUGGAGAAGGAGUUCGAGAGGACGCACUAUCCCGACGUCUUCGCAAGAGAGAGGCUGGCAGCCAAGAUAGACCUUCCCGAAGCUCGAAUUCAGGUUUGGUUCUCCAAUCGCAGAGCAAAGUGGAGGAGGGAGGAAAAGCUGCGUAACCAAAGGCGGACGGUGGGUGGGGCUUCAUCUGGACACGCCCCCCUAAGCACCUCCUUCAACUCCAGUGUCUAUCACCAUGGCAAUGGCUCAGGUCUGUCCAUUCCUGUUUGGAGUCCAGUGCUGUGGGUCACAUGUCUGAUGUUAUUGUUAAAACACUCAUCUACACUGUGCACUGUUGGCACAAGAAAAUAACUGCAAUUUUCAUACUUGUAAAAUCAAGAUCUGUGAUUGUUUCUGAUUCAGA